AUGCACAAGAAGCACAAUGCGCAACGGCAACAUAUCAUAUACUCAUUCGAUGCCUUGCUCUUUCAGCUUUUCGUGCUGUCCUACUUCAUGUCGCCCUCGCUGUGGUCGCUGCUGCUGCGUAUCGUCUACCAGUUCCAAUGCACGCGACCGAAGGACUUCGAGUCAUCCAGGUCGCUGCGUUUCUGCUUCCUGGGAGCCAUAUUCUUCAAUGCGAGUAGCGUGUGGCACCACGCACGAGAUGGGGCGUCGGAAGGAAGGGCCAUUAUUCUUGACUUCGUCGGGAUGUCAUUCACGCCGUCAAAACUACAACUGCUUUCCCUGGACUUCAUCAUCAUAUUCCUGCAACUUGUCCUUGCGAACAUUGCCUACGAACAACACCUCUGCGAGACGGAGGGGGAGGAAGACAUGCUGCUACCCUUACAACCCCCACCUUCACCGAUUUCCACCGAGGCUAUCUACUCGUCCCCGACGGACGACCCUAAAUGCGCAGCACCGCCAAUCCCCCAGUCUCCAUACGUGCUCGACCUCCGUCUCUCGUCCACCAUGACGAGACUUCGGCACCCUUCGCCACGGCGGAUCAACGCGGACAACAUGCUACCCCUCCCUAAUACUACAUCAUGGCCGCCGCUGCCGCUGCCAGCAAGCUUUCAGGUGCUCAUGCGCUCUACUGCUCGAGUGCGGAGGGCAGGAAGAAUGCCCGGUACUUUGGAUGUUCAAGCCACAUAA